CUCUACUACACGCAUAUGUACUUAUUUAUGUAGACGUGGCCAUAUAGAUUAAGUGUUUAUAGUCUAUGGUGUACUGACAGUGUUUUGCAAUUCGUAGUUUAGUAAUCUUUUGAUGGCAGUGUUUUUAAGCCGCGUGGUGCCAACGUCACUGUAAGGAUGAGUGGUGCAUCACGUAAAGUGAAAAAUCCAUUAUUAUCAGCUGCUGGUGAAGGCUUUCCAUUUGAAAAUUACACGGAAAAUGCAUUUUUGGUGCCUGUUACGCCUGCUACACCAUUCAGCGAUGAUGCUGAACUGAACAACUUCGUGGGGCAGGAACCAGCGAAUUUACAUAAUUCAGCAACAUCGGCGAUUGUGGCCGAUGCGGACAGUGAAUUCACGCCGAUAUCCUUGCACCCUGAGGAAACCAAAAAUCAGCCAACGAGUCAGCUAACAAGUCAGUCAACGAGCCAGACAACGAAACAGGGCUACCUCACCUCAAUCCUUUCGUCUUUGCCGAAUUUAUCGUUGUCGUCGAUCACCAGCGAUACCUCGGGAUCUCAAGCGAAUCAAACGAUCGAGAACGUAAUUGGUGUACAGAAUACAGAUCCUCAUGUGCCUUUGCACGAUCAUCGUGACUCGUUGAGGGAUACAGCGCCGCCUGUAGUCGCUAAUUUCCACGAUCCACGACGUACGAAUUUCACGGGAUUAGGCGUCGAGGUUAACGCCGGAAGUUUGUCAGCACCGCCGCAACCGACGAUCCCUUCGUCGACGAAUGGCCCCGUUUCGUAUCGUCUUGGCAACCAAAGACGUCUGAAAUACGCACCGCCGCCCGACUUAACAUCGAACACAUCCAAACAAUACUCGGCCCUCGUGGCUCAGCCGCUAGUCACAUCUCAGAUCAGCGCAACACCGAGUAUAUUCAAUCCAAACGAACCUGUAUCUUCAUUACCAAGUUACCAGCCCGUUGAAACGAAUUCGAUUUCUACGAAUUCACCUUCGUUACAACGUUCCACGCCAGAGUAUUUGUCACAAGCUAACUCUUUGCAAGAGUCUUUCCGAUCUAGUCCAGUAGCAGUAGGAGUUCCUUAUAGUUCUACCGGCACUUCGCGAAGCGUAACGCCCCAGAAUCAAAAUUCGAGUUCCGAAACUGUCCCUGUCAUCGAGAAACCAAGUAUUCCUCUGUCCACUGCCCGGGCAAUCCCUCUGCAAGUUCCAGAACCGAUUACUCCGCAGAAUACUCCGGCCAAUGUUUCUUAUUUCGGUUUCGAUGCGUACGCUGGUCGAGAUUUCCCGUCGAGGACGAUCGAUUUAGAAAAGGAACCAGUACUAGCGAAGAGUCAUACAGACUCGCCUUUGCCAAUUUUAAGAGACAGUAGUACUGUGAAACCCGUUGCGGAAGCAAAAACCAGUGUAACUUUCGCACCUGUGUCUGCGGUUCAAGUUUCAGAGAAGUUGGAACACUUGCUUGCCGAACAGAAGGAAAAUUCGUCGGACCAACCGACUGAGACAAAAAUCGAGGAAAGUGUUGCACUGUGUCAAACCAGCGAAAGGUUCGACGAUGUAAUAUUAACUAACACCGAGGAGAAGAACAAUUCACCACAGUCUGACGUGUUUGGGUUGAAAGAAGAAACUUCAGAAGCGGUACAACCAACGAUAUCUCCUCAAGAAGUGCACACGGAUCACGAGAAACUUAAUUUACCGCAGAGUCACGGUGUUUCGUCAAAUGUGCAACCUUCGCAGCAAUAUUAUCAACCUCAACCUUUCACAUCGAGUGUUAACUUUUUCACGGAAAAGCCACCAGAGCAAACUUUGAAUUUCAGUCUCGUUCCUGCGACAGUUGAUUCGGUGUCGAGCACUUUUUCCAAUUCCUCGACCACUUUCGCACAAUCCGCGAGCUCGUAUUUCCCUGGACCGGCAAGUACCGGCUCGUCUUAUAAUAAUUUGCAGUACAAAGAAAAUAGCACGAAUUAUCCUGUAGACGUGGCUCGUUCGAGAAACGAUUCACAGCAAGUGUCGUUCGAUAGCUCGACCGGUUCGAAUUUUCCUUCGAAUAGUCCUUCGAUAUCGGUAGCUCAAUCAUCGUGGAGCGGUAAUCAAAUCUCUCAGACUGUGAUCGCAACAUGUAACGCGCCUGAUCAACCGCUGCAACAGCCUCUGUUCUAUAAUAUCGCACAAUUUCAAGACGAUCCGCCGAAACACGCGCCUGCAAGCUAUUUGUACACGCCACUGGUGAAGAAUACACCGACGAAUCACGCUCAAUAUUAUUUCGACAAUAUCGCCGAAUCGAGGCAACCUUACAACAAUAUAACAAGUGGUAUCGGCGUUGAGUUUUCUGCUACGUCUUCUGCGACGACAAUUGUACCCGAGCCUACAGGUUCGGCUACGUUGAAUCCGGUUCAAAUGUCAGUUAAUCCUCUGGGUGGACGUACCACGACUGACAGCGUGCCCCCUAGUUUUCAGAAUUUGGCUGCUGGUACUACGGAUAAACGCAUGCAGUACAGAGAGGUCUAUCACCAUUGGUUUUAUCGGAAGAAGGUGGAACACAAAGUACUAUGGCUCCCAUUCUCUAUGCAGGAUAGCUUGCGUUUAGAGGAGGUUCACAAUUCUAGUGAAAUCACCCCUGAAACGACAGUUGCCACUGACGGAGGUCGUUACGACGUAGACAUUCUACGUCGUCAAAGAUCCCCUGUUUAUUGGACUGGAGAAUCGGCGGAAGUGAGACGAUGCUCUUGGUUCUUCAAAGGACCUACCGAGUCGAAAUACGUUCCUUACGAUGAAAGUACUGCCGCCAAACUCGAAGAAGAAUAUAAACAAGCAUGCCUGUCGAACAACUGGAAUCGAAAGAUUGAUUUGAGCAAUGGAGAGUACAUUGUCUUCCACAGUGCCACGGUUCAGGUCCAUUAUUUGACUGCUGUUUCGCCAGAGCUGACAGCUUCGUGGGGCAACAGUGCGGGCUCAGAGGACAGUACAUAUUUACAGGGUGCUGGUAGUAGGCCUAGAGUGAUAAAGAGAGGCCUUGACGAGUUCCACAUCGAAGACGGCGAGCCUGAGACAGUGGACCAUGUUUUGUUUCUCGUUCAUGGCAUCGGAAGCGUUUGUGACUUGAAAUUCCGGACUGUAGAAGAAGUUGUUGACGAGUUCCGGAAUAUUUCGCUGCAGUUGGUCCAGUCGCAUUAUCGAACCGCUAGUGAACAGAGAAUCGUGAAUAGGAUAGAAGUCUUACCAAUUUCGUGGCACACGACCCUUCAUUCUGAGGAUACUGGAAUCGAUAAAAAAUUACAAGCAAUCACUCUGGACAGUAUACCGAAAUUACGACAUUUUACCAAUGACACGUUGCUCGACAUACUUUUCUACACAAGUCCUGUUUAUUGUCAAACUAUCAUGGAAACAGUUGGGAACGAAUUAAAUAGACUUUACGCCCUUUUCAAAAAACGAAAUCCAGAUUUCAGUGGUGGAAUUUAUCUGGGCGGCCAUUCUUUGGGUAGCUUAAUUUUGUUUGAUCUUCUGUGCCAUCAAAAACCGCUGUCGGAUGAAACAACCUGUGAAAAUAACAGCGGGACUAAUGAAGAACAAAACGAAGAAGAUGUCAAUCCUUGUGAAUCAUCCAAUCAAACGUCGAAACGGCGUCUCAGUAAAAAGAUAAGCUACGUAGUAGGUGCUGCCGGGACGGGUCAGCCUUAUAUACGUUAUACGCAGUUACAUUUUCACCCAUGUGCCUUUUUCGCUUUCGGCAGCCCGGUUGGUAUGUUUGUGACAGUUCGAGGUAUCGAUAUGCUUGGUGAAGAUUUUGUAUUGCCAACAUGCCCCGCUUUUUUCAAUAUAUUUCAUCCAUUCGACCCUGUUGCCUACCGAGUUGAGGCACUCAUUAAUCCGGAAGCUCCUAAAUAUCGACCAAUGUUGAUCCCUCAUCACAAAGGACGUAAAAGAAUGCAUUUGGAAUUAAAGGAAACAAUGGCGCGUGUUGGUGCUGAUCUGAAACAGAGGUUACUUGAUUCCGUAAGGAACACAUGGAAUUCUGUUUACCAAUUGGCAGUGUUUCAUAAAUCAGAUAACAGCACACUCGAGCGUGAAAUUGACAAAGUUAUGGAAGAACAAUUGCAACAGACUGUUUCGGAUCAUCAAACUAAUGAUGAUGGCGGUGCUGAGUUUAAAGUGGGCAAACUAAAUGGUGGACGAAGAAUAGAUUAUGUCCUUCAAGAAGCUCCGUUCGAGUACAUUAACGAAUACAUUUUUGCACUGACAAGUCACGUCUGUUACUGGGAGUCCGAGGAUACUAUGCUGAUGAUUCUAAAGGAAAUAUAUGGUUCAACUGGUGUUCAAGCAGAUGCUCAACUUCCACAGCAAACGUUGUGCGUUGAGCGAAUCCCUCCCUCGCCAUCAUUGUCAUCGUCCUCUAAAAACGACGGUGUCUAUGGAAUGGAUCCUACUGCACCUAUAUCUGAGAGAUCUAUUGGUCCUCCGCCUAAGAGUGGAUUUGUUAAAAAGUCAUGAUCGAAAUGGAAUCGUUUAAGUUUCUAUGAACUAUUUCAUGAUAACGAAAGACAAAGUAAUGUUCAGAAUCUUACGAUUGCUACCAAUCAGGUUGAUGCGGGCAUUGUACCUGACGUUAAUACCACCUAUAAAUUCUACGAUUACUGAGAAUCAAAUUUUUCCUGUUUCCUACGAGAGGUAUUGUAAAAUGUUAUUAAAUCGAUAAAACUGCUCUUCAAGAGAUUGACCUUGGCUUCCAAGGUCAUUCUGUUGGUUUUAAUUGUUGUUUAUUGUUUGUUACUAAGUUAUUAACAAAAUAACUUUUAUAAGUAGAAUAUGCCUUUCCGACCAUGCACAUUGAACCCUUAUGUAGACAAUGAAAAAAAACUUAUAUUUUCCGUAACUUUUUUUUGUAAAAUUUCCAUUUGUACAUUUAAAGUCACAACUUACAAAAUUGAGCGGUAUCGCGAUGACGCGUGUGAAGAUCAAGGCCAUUCGAUGGGAUGAGUUUCCCCGCAAUUUUACUAUUAAAUCUACUGUAGCAUUCGAAAAUAUUUCUCAAGUGGAUUGUUCCUUCGUGUGUUCUUGAAAUUGCCGUUUAGAUUUGUCGGCCUACAUGACACAACGUUCAAUCACUAGCUAACGUUAAAAUAUAAUUAAAAUGAAUUAUGACAUUCUGAUUAGAUGUAACGUGGAAAUUAUACAUGCAUAUAGAUUGAACUGUUUGUCUUAAGUUGAUAUACAUUAUACAUUGUUUCAACAAGUUAAGAAUAUUUACAUUCGUGAAAAAUUUAAAGGAUAUUAACUUAGGACAAGCGAAUGAAGAUGAGAAUUUGUAACACAAAAGAAAGUUAUAUAUAAAAAUUAAUCAUAUUGUUUAUUGUAAAUAUAUGAUUUAUAUAAAUGGAUAUAAAGUAAAUAGUAUAUGAAAUUUUUCAAAGUACGCUUGCAUUAUAGAGAAUUUCAUUCUACGUUCUCAUCGAUGCAAGAAUUUUAAUAAAAUAUCAUAUUCUUCUA